AUGAAGCUUAUAUUGGCUCUCUUGAACGGGCUUUUCAUUGUCCCGGCCAUCUUGGCCGCUCCUCACGCCCGCACCAAGCGUGGUGAGAAGCCUGUCGGCAAGGUCGAUCCCGAAACUGCCUCGGACUGCACGUACUGGGAAGAGAAGACUGAUGCCUCUGUGACUUGUGAUAGUCUCCAAGCGGCGUGGUCCAUCUCAGCCAACGACUUUCGCAACUGGAACCCCCUCGUUAAAGAUGACUGCAGCGGUAUGAAGAUUGGCAACUCGUACUGCGUCGAGGUCAACUUUGGUCUUCCCAGGAGCACAACCACCCAGCCAACUACCGUGCCUAGCACUACUUCCACCGGUAAUGGCGUAACCACACCUACUCCGACCCAGCCCAACAUGGUUGACAACUGUAACAAGUUCUACUUUGUCAAGGAGGACGAGAGCUGCGCCGACAUUGCCUCCGCCAACGGCAUCAACGUCGAAGACUUUGGAAAAUGGAACCCCAAGGUCGGCGCCCAGUGCACCGGUCUGUGGGCGAAGACAUACGCCUGCGUAGGCGUCCUUGGCUCGACUGGCAGCCCAACGGCCGUGCCAUCGACCACGACGACUACCGACAACGGGGUCGUCACCCCCACGCCUACUCAGCCUGGCAUGGUCGACAACUGCAAUAAGUUCUACCUUGUCAAGGAAGGCGAUGGCUGCGCCGACAUUAUCACCAACAACGGCAUCAGCAUGGAGGAUUUCGCCAAAUGGAACCCCAGAGUUGGCCCUCGAUGCACGGGGCUCUGGGCCAAGACGUAUACCUGCGUCGGUAUUCUUGGCUCACAAACGGACAAGCCAACUGCUCCUCCCAACGCAGUCAAGACCCCCUCCCCCAUUCAGCCCGACAUGAUCAACUCGUGCAACAGGUUCCAUUUUGUGGAAUCCGGCCAGAGCUGCCAGGACAUUGCUUCUCGCUACGGCGUUACCGUUUCCGAGUUGACCAACUGGAACCCCAAGGCUGGCAGCGACUGUUCUCGCAUCUUUGGCCAGACUUGGGCUUGCGUU